GCCUUCACCCACGAGACUUUGGCCCUGAGGCGAUCAAAGUCUGCACGCCUGAAGUCCAGGGUCGUAAGCUUAGAAUACAUUCUUCUAGCUGCCCUGAGGAUCUUAAAUUCAACUGCUUCAUGGUCGCUGCAGCCAAGGCUGUCCCUGAGCCUCACAUUGGUCACCAGCCCUUCCCUGUUAAUGGCUGCCCCGACUUGUGCAAUGGCAACGGGCGAUGCACGCUGGGUCAGAACAGCUGGCAGUGUGUCUGCCAGACCGGCUGGAGGGGGCCUGGAUGCAACGUUGCCAUGGAAACCGCCUGUGCCGAUAACAAGGAUAAUGAGGGAGAUGGCUUGGUGGACUGCCUAGACCCAGACUGCUGCCUUCAGUCUGCUUGUCAGAACAGCCUGCUGUGCCGGGGCUCGCGUGACCCGCUGGACAUCAUCCAGCAGAGCCAUUCUGGGUCACCAGCAGUGAGGUCGUUCUACGAUCGAAUCAAGCUCUUAGUGGGGAAGGACAGCACUCAUAUCAUCCCAGGAGAAAAUCCCUUCAACAGCAGUCUUGUGUCUCUCAUAAGAGGCCAAGUGGUGACUACAGAUGGAACUCCUCUUGUUGGGGUCAAUGUGUCAUUUGUCAAGUAUCCAAAGUACGGCUACACCAUCACUCGUCAGGAUGGCACGUUUGACUUGGUUGCAAAUGGUGGAGCAUCCCUAACCUUGCACUUUGAACGGGCCCCAUUUAUGAGUCAGGAGAGGACAGUAUGGUUACCGUGGAAUAGCUUCUAUGCUAUGGACACGCUUGUGAUGAAGACAGAGGAGAACUCCAUUCCCAGCUGUGAUCUAAGUGGUUUUGUCCGACCUGACCCAGUCAUCAUUUCAUCACCACUUUCAACUUUCUUCAGCGACGCUCCUGGCCGGAAUCCCAUUGUACCAGAAACCCAGGUUCUUCAUGAAGAAAUUGAGAUCCCUGGCUCUAGUAUAAAGCUCAACUACUUGAGUUCCCGUACUGCUGGAUACAAAUCCUUACUUAAGAUCACCAUGACUCAGUCACUUGUGCCACUCAAUCUAAUCAAAGUUCAUUUGAUGGUAGCAGUAGAAGGGCAUUUGUUUCAAAAAUCAUUUCAGGCAUCUCCCAAUUUGGCAUAUACAUUUAUCUGGGACAAAACAGAUGCAUAUGGUCAGAAGGUUUAUGGACUGUCAGAUGCUGUAGUUUCUGUGGGUUUUGAAUAUGAGACUUGUCCCAGUCUCAUUUUAUGGGAGAAGAGGACAGCACUGCUGCAAGGAUUUGAACUGGAUCCUUCCAACUUAGGAGGAUGGUCUUUGGAUAAACAUCAUGUACUUAAUGUCAAGAGUGGUAUAUUGCACAAAGGCAACGGAGAGAAUCAGUUCCUAACUCAGCAGCCAGCUGUGAUAACCAGCAUUAUGGGGAAUGGGCGCCGAAGAAGCAUAUCCUGUCCUAGCUGCAAUGGUCUGGCAGAAGGAAAUAAGCUUUUGGCACCUGUAGCGCUGGCAGUGGGUAUUGAUGGAAGUCUCUUUGUUGGAGAUUUUAACUAUAUUCGGCGUAUCUUCCCAUCCAGGAAUGUCAGUAGUAUACUUGAGCUGAGAAAUAAAGAGUUUAAACAUAGCAACAAUCCCGCUCAUAAAUACUAUCUGGCCGUGGACCCUGUUUCAGGCUCGCUGUACGUGUCGGACACCAAUAGCCGACGGAUAUACAAAGUCAAGUCCCUCACUGGCACGAAAGACCUAGCUGGUAACUCUGAAGUGGUGGCAGGGACUGGGGAGCAAUGCCUGCCCUUUGACGAAGCCAGAUGUGGGGACGGAGGGAAGGCAGUGGACGCAACCCUCAUGAGCCCUCGAGGAAUCGCCGUGGAUAAGUAUGGCCUCAUGUAUUUUGUUGAUGCCACCAUGAUUAGAAAAGUGGAUCAGAACGGAAUCAUAUCAACCCUGCUGGGCUCCAAUGACCUAACUGCCGUUCGACCCCUCAGCUGUGAUUCCAGCAUGGAUGUCACCCAGGUACGGCUGGAGUGGCCUACUGAUCUCGCUGUCAAUCCCAUGGACAACUCCCUUUAUGUCCUAGAGAACAAUGUUAUUUUACGGAUCACAGAAAAUCAUCAAGUUAGCAUUAUUGCUGGACGCCCCAUGCACUGCCAGGUUCCUGGUAUAGACUACUCUCUUAGCAAACUGGCUAUUCAUUCUGCACUUGAAUCAGCCAGUGCCAUUGCCAUCUCACACACAGGAAUUCUUUACAUCAGUGAGACAGAUGAAAAAAAAAUUAAUCGGCUCCGCCAGGUAACUACCAAUGGAGAAAUAUGCCUUCUUGCAGGGGCAGCUUCAGACUGCGAUUGCAAAAAUGAUGUCAACUGUAAUUGCUAUGCUGGGGAUGAUGGGUAUGCCACUGAUGCCAUCUUAAAUUCACCAUCUUCCUUAGCUGUGGCCCCAGAUGGUACCAUCUACAUAGCUGAUCUUGGAAAUAUCCGCAUUAGGGCUGUCAGUAAAAACAGGCCCAUUCUUAAUUCUUUUAACCAAUAUGAAGCUGCAUCUCCAGGAGAACAGGAGCUGUAUGUCUUCAAUGCUGACGGGAUUCACCAGUACACUCUCAGCCUCGUUACCGGGGAGUACUUGUACAAUUUCACCUAUAGCAGCGAUAACGAUGUCACGGAGGUGAUGGACAACAAUGGCAACUCCUUGAAGGUCCGUCGGGACACCAGUGGGAUGCCCCGCCACUUGCUGAUGCCGGAUAAUCAGAUUGUCACGCUGGCUGUUGGCACUAAUGGUGGACUCAAGCUGGUCUCAACACAGACCCUGGAGCUCGGCUUAAUGACAUAUAACGGAAACAGUGGUCUCUUAGCAACGAAGAGUGAUGAAACAGGAUGGACAACAUUUUAUGACUAUGAUCAUGAAGGGCGUCUGACCAAUGUAACACGUCCCACUGGAGUGGUAACUAGCCUUCACCGGGAAAUGGAGAAGUCUAUUACCAUCGACAUUGAGAAUUCUAAUCGGGAUGACGAUGUCACGGUCAUCACAAAUCUCUCCUCUGUGGAGGCUUCCUAUACAGUUGUUCAAGAUCAAGUGAGGAACAGCUACCAGCUCUGUAAUAAUGGUACUUUGAGAGUGAUGUAUGCCAAUGGCAUGAGCAUUAGCUUUCACAGCGAGCCUCAUGUCCUGGCGGGGACGGUGACUCCCACCAUAGGACGAUGCAAUAUUUCUCUACCAAUGGAGAACGGCUUAAACUCAAUUGAAUGGCGGCUGAGGAAGGAACAGAUUAAAGGCAAAGUGACUGUGUUUGGAAGAAAGCUCAGGGUGCACGGGAGGAAUUUACUGUCCAUCGACUACGACCGGAACAUACGCACAGAGAAAAUCUACGACGACCACCGGAAAUUCACGCUGAGGAUCAUUUACGACCAGCUGGGACGGCCUUUCCUCUGGCUGCCCAGCAGUGGCCUGGCCGCUGUCAACGUGUCUUACUUCUUCAACGGGCGCCUGGCCGGGCUGCAGCGCGGGGCCAUGAGUGAAAGGACAGACAUCGACAAGCAGGGCAGGGUCGUAUCGCGCAUGUUCGCGGAUGGGAAAGUUUGGAGCUACACCUACCUAGAAAAAUCGAUGGUGCUACUGCUUCAGAGCCAGCGACAGUACAUCUUUGAGUACGAUUCGUCAGACCGGCUGCACGCAGUGACCAUGCCGAGCGUCGCUCGGCACAGCAUGUCAACCCACACCUCGGUGGGCUACAUCAGGAACAUCUACAACCCUCCCGAGAGCAACGCCUCCGUGAUCUUCGAUUACAGCGAUGACGGGAGGAUUUUGAAAACAUCAUUUUUAGGUACUGGACGACAAGUUUUCUACAAGUAUGGAAAGCUCUCCAAAUUAUCUGAAAUUGUUUACGACAGCACCGCAGUUACUUUUGGGUAUGACGAAACUACGGGUGUCCUGAAAAUGGUGAAUUUGCAAAGCGGAGGAUUUUCUUGUACGAUCCGCUAUCGUAAGAUCGGUCCUCUCAUUGACAAACAGAUCUACAGAUUCUCCGAGGAAGGCAUGGUGAAUGCGAGGUUCGAUUAUACCUACCACGACAACAGCUUCCGAAUCGCAAGCGUCAAGCCCAUAAUAAGUGAAACGCCUCUUCCUGUUGAUCUUUACCGUUACGAUGAGAUUUCUGGCAAAGUAGAGCAUUUUGGCAAAUUCGGAGUUAUUUAUUAUGAUAUAAACCAAAUCAUUACUACGGCAGUUAUGACGCUGAGCAAGCACUUUGACACCCAUGGACGCAUUAAAGAAGUGCAGUACGAAAUGUUCAGAUCCCUGAUGUACUGGAUGACUGUACAGUAUGACAGCAUGGGGAGGGUGACUAAAAGAGAGCUGAAACUUGGUCCGUAUGCCAACACAACCAAGUACACCUACGAUUACGAUGGGGACGGGCAGCUGCAAAGCGUGGCAGUAAACGAUAGGCCAACCUGGCGUUACAGUUACGACCUGAACGGAAACCUUCACCUCCUGAAUCCUGGCAACAGCGUCCGGUUGAUGCCUCUGCGCUAUGACCUGAGGGACAGGAUCACGCGCCUCGGUGACGUACCGUACAAAAUCGACGAUGAUGGAUUCCUGUCUCAGCGAGGCUCGGAUGUAUUUGAGUACAACUCCAAAGGCCUCUUGACAAGAGCUUACAACAAAGCAAACGGGUGGAGCGUUCAGUACCGUUACGAUGGGCUUGGCCGAAGGGCUUCCUGUAAGACCAACCUGGGACAUCAUCUGCAGUACUUUUAUGCUGAUCUUCACAAUCCAACAAGGGUAACUCACGUCUACAAUCAUUCCAAUUCCGAAAUUGCCUCUUUGUACUACGAUCUGCAAGGCCACCUCUUUGCAAUGGAGAGCAGCAGCGGGGAAGAGUACUACGUCGCCUCUGAUAACACAGGCACUCCGUUAGCUGUGUUCAGCAUCAAUGGCCUCAUGAUCAAACAGCUUCAGUACACAGCAUAUGGGGAGAUCUAUUACGACUCUAACCCUGAUUUCCAGCUGGUUAUUGGGUUCCAUGGGGGGCUGUAUGAUCCUUUAACCAAACUUGUCCAUUUUACUCAAAGGGACUACGACGUCCUGGCUGGGCGCUGGACGUCUCCUGAUUACACCAUGUGGAAAAACAUUGGAAAAGAACCUGCUCCUUUCAAUCUGUACAUGUUCAAGAGUAACAAUCCUCUCAGCAAUGAACUGGAUCUAAAGAAUUAUGUGACGGAUGUCAAAAGCUGGCUGGUGAUGUUUGGAUUUCAGCUUAGCAACAUUAUUCCUGGUUUCCCUAGAGCAAAAAUGUAUUUUGUGUCACCGCCAUACGAGUUGUCUGAGAGUCAAGCAUGCGAAAAUGGACAGCUGAUUACAGGAGUGCAGCAGACGACAGAAAGACACAACCAAGCUUUCAUGGCUCUGGAAGGACAGGUCAUAUCUAAGAGAUUACACGCCACUGUUAGAGAAAAGGCGGGUCACUGGUUCGCGACGACCACGCCAAUCAUCGGGAAGGGAAUCCUCUUUGCUGUGAAGGAGGGCCGCGUGACCACCGACGUCUCCAGCAUAGCCACCGACGACAGCAGAAAGAUCGCCUCAGUCCUGAACAGCGCUCACUACCUGGAGAAGAUGCACUACAGCAUCGAGGGGAUGGACACCCACUACUUCGUCAAGAUAGGCUCGGCCGACGGCGACCUGGUCACCCUCGCGAUGACCGGCGGGAGGAAGGCCCUGGAGAGCGGCGUCAACGUCACCGUCUCGCAGCCCACGCUCCUCGUCAACGGGAGGACUCGAAGGUUUACGAACGUUGAGUUCCAGUAUUCCACCCUGCUGAUCAACAUCCGCUACGGACUGACCCCCGAGACGCUGGACGAGGAGAAGGCCAGAGUGCUGGAGCAGGCUCGGCAGCGGGCCUUGGGUGCGGCCUGGGCCAAGGAGCAGCAGAAGGCACGGGACGGUCGAGAGGGCAGCCGCCUAUGGACAGAUGGAGAGAAGCAGCAGCUUCUGAGCACGGGAAGGGUCCAAGGUUACGAGGGAUACUAUGUCCUGCCCGUGGAGCAGUACCCUGAGCUAGCAGACAGUAGCAGCAACAUCCAGUUUUUAAGACAGAAUGAAAUGGGAAAGAGGUAACAAAUUAACCUGCUGUCAUCCUUUGCUGGAUGAAUCAGUAGUCCUAACUGUUAUCUCCUCUCCUAAGGAGAUGAAGACCUAAACGGGGGCACUAGGCUGAGCUACUCUGGGAUAGUAAGUGGCAAAAAAGCUCAUUUUUUGAGUUAAAUGCUACUGUUCAAGUGAUUACAAACCACAUCCUGAAGUGGACUAAAGCCAGACUGAAAACUCUAAGCGUACAAAUUAAAAAGUACCCCUGAAAUAUUACCCACUUGUUCUGGGUCUAAAGAAAAACAAAAAGAAGGCCUCGUAUUGUAUUACCUCACUCCAUUCACACGUGAGCAAACUAAGAAAUCCAAGUGGGCCACUUUCACUAACCAGCUGAUGAAACACAGAUGAUUCAGACUGCUUGUUUGAUAAAUAUCCAAGAGGUUUUCAUUUAAAGCAAAAUACAGGUGCAUUUAAAACAUGACUUUGGGGUGAUUUGUGUGUAGCAACUGGAGGACAAUGAGAAUGCAAGUGAGAGCGCACUGGAAAUAGUAAAGAAAUAUAUAUUUAAAAGUAACAAAACCACACUUGCACUCUGCCCCUCCACUUGUCUGGCCUGAAGCUUAACUUAUUCAAAGAGGGCAGAGUGUAAAGUUACAUUCAAAAUGGUGGCUAUAAAUCACUACAGAUAAAUUUCAUACUCUGUUUGUCUUUGAAGAUUUCCAUUGUGGACAGUAUAACACAGUUACAGGGUGUAGUCUGUUUAGAUUCAGUAGUUUGUUGGUAUCAGUUCCAGUAGAGCUGUGGGCAUUGUGUUACACUAUUGCAAAUGGGCACCACGUCAGAUCACCCUGUACAUACAUCAGCCAGAAGGCACAAUCACUGUUUCAGAUUUAAAAAUUAUUAGUGUGUUUGUUUGGUCGAGAAACUGAGACAAUCACAUUACAGUCACCACAAAAAAAAAAAAAAAAAAAAAAAAAAAAGUCUAAUAAGAACUUUGGUACAAGAACUUUUUUGUAAUAUACAUGUAUGAAUUGUUCAUUGAGUUUUUAUAUUAAUUUUAAUUUGCUGCUAAGCAAAGACUAGAGACAGGCAAAGAUAAUUUAUGGCAAAGUGUUUAAAUUGUUUAUACAUAAAUAAAGUCUCUAAAACUCCUGUGAA